CCUCCCGCCCAUCAUGUCUCCUGGGGACAUGUUGGCGCUGGCGCCUUGUGUUGCCUGCUGCGUGCUGUGUGCUCUGUGUGCCCUGUGUGCCCUGUACUGUGACUAUUACUCGUGUGGACACUACACUCCCCUCCUUCCUUGCUCGUCUCCUUAUUACUGAAGACGCGCCCUGCUGUCUCUCGACGCGAUUCACGUCCUGUCUGGACAGACCUGAUACAUGCUAGCAACAACCCCCUCGUUUGUGUCUCUCUGCCUGCUGCUCUUGGAGUUUCGGCUUGCUUAGAGUCUGCCAGGGCACCUCACCAAGCCGCAUAUCUUUGACUGCCUCAACACCCCCGGGCCUUGGGUAGUCUCUGAUAUCCCCCCCUGGUUCAUUUCCUUGGUCUCUAGCUUGUCUAUCAUCCUCCAUACUCGUUCAUUCAUCCUGACCCGAGACUCUCAUAUCCUCUUGUCAGCAUCCUUUACAGCACACAACACUUAGACUCACUUACCAGCACGUCUACCCACGCCAAGGCCGCUCGCCGGCGGUGCCAGUCCACCGCUCCUUCAAGACAGCCAAUGACGACCAGGGAUGAGAGCAUGAGACGGUAACACUGUUUCCCGCUCCCGCCUGUUCCCUCGCAGAGUUCCAGUAUCUGGUCCGCCCAGCCUGUCGACCUCUCAUUGGCGCUGCGCGUCUCAUUGGAUGAAAGUCCAUGUCUGUCAAAAUUUCUACUUUACAACACCCACGCCCGGGUCUCAGCUCGCCGGCUGUCGGCAUGCCCUCCACCGCCGACGGGGCGGGCAAUCCCCAACGUGUGUUGGACAUGGAAACGCGACUAAAGCUUUUCAAACUUGGCAUUGGAAGAGUAGGUGACAGCACCCCCAACCUGCCGACCUUCACAACACCAGCAUUCGAGCCUGCUCCGUCGCUGCAGGAGCGCCGACGCGACUCUCUGCCAAGGACGGACGACCCGGACCCGAUGUUGAGGUCUUUCCGGAGGAGCAUAACCGCCCCGCCCCUGUCCAUCAACAUCCCGCCGAACCGCGAUGCCGCUCUGGUGGACAGCACAGGCGGCGGCGACGACGACGGCUCGGCCUCGGACCACUCCUCCAUCUGCAACUCGCCUAGCUGGGAGGACUACGGCCGCAAGAAGGACAAGAAGAAGAAGAAGAAGAACCGCAUGACGAUGGACGCCUCGGCGCUGCUCAGCAAGCGCAAGAGCAAGGCGGCCGACAAGGACGCCGGCGCGAAGCCCUCAACCAAGCUCACCAAGGCAGGGGGAGGCCACCGCCAGUCGCUGCAGCUCCCCGCUCCUCCCGUGCCGCCCUUGCCGCUCGCGUCCCCGUGGAACAACAGCAACAACAACAGCGCACACGGCUCGGGCGGCAUCAUGAAAACGACAGACCUCCAGGUCGGGUCCAGCCCGCGCUCGGGCCUAGGCGGCGAGUUCGCCAACUACAGCAGCGCCCCGGCGGGCGGGAGUGGUGCGCCGCGCAUUCCCAUGCCCGCUUCCAUGUCUGCAGGCAGCGGGCCGGGCGGCUCGGGCUUCGUCGGCGGCAUCAGGCUCGAGCAGGAAAAGCAGGCCGCGGCACGGGCGGUCCUCGCCUCGCACUCGCAACCCCCUUCGCACCAACCGACUCCUUCGCACUCCCGCAACGGCUCCCUGUCCGUCUUCCCCAGCGUCCGCUCCGUCAGCCCGAGUCGGCGAGAGCAGUCUGUCUUCCCGGGACCGGCGCUGGAUUCCAACAAUCCACCACCGCCGCCGCCGCCGCCGCCGCCGCACCCGUCUCAGACGCAACCAAGAGGCCCAGGCGUCGCCAAUAUGCCUGCGCCCGUGCCGCCUCCCAUGCUCCAGCACAGGAGCACACAGUCAACAAACAUCAUCCCGCCAAGCCAUGCUGCAGACCAGCCUGUGCAACGCAACCUCGGUGCCCACGGGCGGAGCCAGUCGCUUCUCUCCGCCACCGCCUCCAAGAUCUUCCACAAGCAGCGGCCAUCCAGAUCUUGCCAGCUGCCGUCGCUGCCAAACGGCGCCCAACUGCCGCAGCCCAGCCCUCUGCCGACCCCGUGGAAUGGGUCCGUAGAGACCUAUGCCGCUCAUCAGCAGGCCGGCCAAUGGGGCAUGGCAAACCCCAACCAGGGCUAUUUCCCUCCCCAGGUCGCCGCCGACUACACGGCCAGCCCCGACUCCAUGACCGCACCGCCGCAGCAGUUCCAGUACACACACCCCCACCAGCCGCACCACGACGCCAACUCUUCUAGCUACGGCCAGCAAGGGUUUGUACGCAACCACGAACACAUGGCAUCGGCCGGCCCGUCCACGCCCGGAAGGUCGCCACAGCUCGCCUCGGCCAAGCCCGCCAGAGACGCGUCCGACUCGUCGUCGUCAGCCACCAGCCCGGGCCGCUCGUUCAAGGACAAGGCCAAGGCGAUGCUCAACCGGACCUCGCUGCUCCCCCCGGCGCACCCCGCGCAGGACCGCCCCGCGAACCCGCCCGGGCCCACCAUCACGGGCCCCUUCAACCCGCGAGGCACGGGCCCCUACUUCCAGAUGAGCUCCGAGGACUACCACUCGAGCGAUUCGUCCCCGUCGCCGUACGAGCCCCAGGCGUCGGGGGGCUCGUCGGUCUCUUCCCUCGACGACGCCUCGUCGCCGGCCACGACGCCCGACAGCUCGCGGCCCCAGUCGUCCAAGGACGUCCACGCCGUCGUCGGCGAGGUCGUCGCGCAGCAAGGGCCCGCCCACGACCCCGUCGGCGGCGGCGGCGCGCUGCCCCACAACGCGCGCGCCUUUCAGACCUCCUCGCAGGCGGGCACCAUGGCCGUGGGGGCCAAGUCCGCCCCGCCGCGCCCGGUGCGGCCGCGGAGGUCGUCCAGCGGCUACUCUCAGCAGGGCGGCCACGGCUCCUCGCAGCCCGGCAGGAGCUACUGGGCCGAGCCCAACUCCGGCCCGGCGUCCGCAGCCCCCGCGCCGGGGGCGGGCGGCGCCAACGCCUUCAUCGUCGACUUUGACGGCGACGGCUCGCUUGCUCCACCCCUACACCACCAACCCGCCGGACCGCAGCAGCAGCAGCAACAGCAAGCAGGCCAGCCAGGCACCGCGGCGGCCAGGGACGAGGUCGGGGAGGCGGCUGCGACGUGGCAGUCCAUCAUCGGGCUCGGCGGCGAGCCCGAGGGCGGCGACGACUCGAGCGGGCAGGCGUCGCACGAGGAGAGCGACGACUCGGCCGGCCGCGCCAGCACGAGCUUCCUGCCGCCGCUCAGGCACGAGCCCUUCAUCCCGCCCAAGUCGGCGACGGCACAGGCGCCGCCGCCGCCGCCGCCGCCGCCGACGAGCAGCCGCAGCAGCCCAGCAGGGCCGUCAGCAGCGGCGCGGCCUACCUCAAAGAGGCCAGAAAGUCCAUCCACGCGCCCUCUCCCAACAUGAUGAAGAACGGAGGCGGCGGCGGCGGCGGUGGCGCCAGGAUGUCCAU